AUGUCUGAUAUAGUUGCCAGUCUGGCAAUUCAAAAAGCUGAAUUGUUGGUUCCCAAACCAUAUUUCCUAAGACCGUACGUUUGGCCAUUUUCAAUUAUCUAUCCGAUUUUUUUCCAGAUUUAUUUUCAACAUUAUGAUAAGUACAUCGGUGGUAAAGAAUGGACUUUUGUUUAUACUAUAACUAUUGUUUCAUUUAACUUGUUAUUCUGGUUAAUGCCUCAUUGGAAUCUUGACAUUAAUGCUAAGUUCAACUAUUCUAAAGUGGAUAAGAUUGCUGAUGCAUCUUUUAUCAAAAUCACUCCAGCUCCAAACUCAGGUGUUGGUGAAAUAUCUGAAAUUAAUCGUGAAACUUUCCAUGAUGGUGAAAAACAAGUCAGUUUCUUGUAUCAAAAGAGAAGAUACUUGUAUCAUUCUAAAUUACAAAAAUUUUCUCCUCCAGAAUUUAUCUUUGAUGAAUCUCCAAAAUUAUCCGUUUAUCAAAAUACUAAAGGUUUAAGUGGUGAUUUAGAGAAGAUGAUUAGAAAUUAUGGUACAAAUAAAUUUGAUAUCCCAAUUCCUACUUUUAUGGAAUUAUUCAAAGAACAUGCUGUUGCUCCAUUUUUUGUCUUCCAAAUCUUUUGUGUUGCUCUUUGGUGUAUGGAUGAACAAUGGUAUUAUUCAUUGUUUUCUUUGUUUAUGUUAGUUUCCUUUGAAAUGACUACUGUGUUCCAAAGAAGAACCACAAUGUCUGAGUUCCAAAGUAUGGGUAUUAAACCUUAUGAUGUUUAUGUUCAUAGAGAUGGCUCAUGGAUUAAGAUCCCAACUACGGAUUUAUUGCCAGGUGAUUUGAUUUCUAUUACUAGAACUAAUGAAGGAAGUGCAUUACCAUGUGAUUUACUAUUAGUUGAUGGUUCAGCCAUCGUUAAUGAAGCAAUGUUGUCCGGUGAAUCUACUCCAUUAUUGAAAGAAUCUAUCAAAUUGAGACCUUCCGAUGAUAUUUUACAACCAGAAGGUUUUGAUAAAAAUUCUAUCUUACAUGGUGGUACUAUGGCUUUGCAAGUUACUAAACCUGAAUCUCCAAUUGUUCAUGCUGCUCCUGAUGAAGGUGCUUUGGCUGUAGUUACUAAAACUGGGUUUGAAACGUCUCAAGGUUCUUUGGUUCGUACAAUGAUUUUCUCAAGUGAACGUGUCUCUGUUGGUAAUAAAGAAGCAUUUUUGUUUAUCUUAUUCUUGUUAAUUUUUGCCAUUGCUGCUUCUUGGUAUGUUUGGGUUGAAGGUACCAGAAUGGGCAGAGUCCAAUCUAAAUUGAUCUUGGAUUGUAUUAUUGUCAUCACUUCUGUUGUUCCUCCAGAAUUGCCAAUGGAAUUGACUAUGGCUGUUAACUCCUCUUUGGCUAAAUUGCUGAAAUACUAUGUGUACUGUACUGAACCAUUCAGAAUCCCAUUGGCCGGUAGAAUCGAUGUUUGUUGUUUUGAUAAGACUGGUACUUUAACUGCCGAAGAUUUGGUCUUUGAAGGUUUGGCUGGUUUUAAACAUGAUGAUAUUCAUCAUUUACACAUUUGUGAUGAUGCUCCAGAAACUACUUCUUAUGUUUUGGGAGCUGCCCAUGCUUUGGUUAAAUUGAAUGAUGGGGAAGUUGUUGGUGACCCAAUGGAACAAGCUACUUUAAAAGCUGCUCAUUGGGAAGUUGGUUUCAAAGACACUGUUCAAAGAGAAGGUAAAAAGGGUAAAACU